AUGACCAUACACAACCUAUACAUUUUUGAUCGGCAUUGCGAGUGUAUAUAUUUUCAGAAAUGGUCCCAUCAACGACCUUCUUCUAUGGCAUCUGUUAAUGCCACCAGUACAACGACAUCUUCGAAAACUGGCGGUCUACUCAAUUCUACUUCCCGCAUGCAAAGCGCAGCUAUACCUGGUAACAACAUGUCACUGGAGGAAGAGGCUAAACUUGUAUAUGGUGUUGUUUUAAGUUUAAGGAACUUCGUGCGCAAAUUGAGUGGAAGACAGGAUGGGUUCAUAUCAUACAAGACGUCAGCAUACAGAUUGCAUUACUACGAGACACCGACCGGCCUCAAAUUCAUUAUCAACUCUGAUCCAUACACCGAGUCUCUUCGCCCUGUACUUCGGCAAAUCUAUGUCCAGCUUUAUGUUGAAUUUGUGGUCAAAAACGCGCUGAUGCGAUUCGAUAAUACUAGAUGGACGAUAGGUUCGUCCACUGUACACGAUAUACCAAUUGCUGGUGAUGAUGAUGCUGAGGCAGCUGAAAGACAAGAGACUCAGCAAAUCCCUGCCGGUUACAUUAGCAAUGAACUAUUCAGAGUAGCUGUUGAUCGGUUUAUACGGAGCCUGAGUGUCUUUGAAUAA